GUCGUAUUCAACUAUUGAAUCUGCAACUGUGCUCGCAGUCCCCUCACUCUCUUGGUUUUGCUUUGUGACACUUGUCUAUGUCGCGAUAGGACCAUGGCUCUCUACUCAUUCGUUCUUCUCGUAUUAUUAUUCUUCGCCGCUAUCGUGCACGCCGCAGACUUGUACAAGGUCCUUGACCUGCAUAAGUCUGCUUCGGAACAGGAUAUCAAGAAGGCGUAUAAGCGAUUGAGUCGGAAAUUCCAUCCGGACAAGAACACGGACCCAGGAGCUGAGGAUAGAUUCGUUGAGGUGGCUUAUGCCUAUGAGGUAUUGUCAGACUCAAAAAAACGAGAUAUCUACGACAAGUAUGGGGAGGAAGGACUGAAGGCACACGAAGGUGGCCACCAACAUCAUGCCAACCCCUUCGAUAUCUUCUCUCAAUUCUUCGGUGGAGGCCAACAAAGUCAACAAGUGCGACGGGGGCCAACGUCUGUCACUGAAUUUGAGGUCUCUCUUGCUGAUAUCUACAAGGGUGCGAGCAUUGACUUUAUGAUCAAAAAACGUGUCCUUUGCGACCAUUGUCGUGGAACGGGCGCUGCAUCAGAUGGAGACAUUCAUCAGUGUUCAGCCUGCGGUGGCUCCGGCGUUCGCCUCGUCAAACAACAAAUUUUCCCCGGCAUGUUCGCCCAGUCUCAGGCCACAUGUAACGAAUGUGGUGGCAAAGGCCAAAUCAUCGCUAAACCCUGUCCACACUGCGGAGGCGCUAAAGUUGGAGAGCAUACCGCAACCUAUACUCUGGAAGUACCGAAGGGAGCACCAGAAGGACACGAGGUCGUGUUUGAGGGUGAAGGCGAUGAGAGUCCGGAUUGGGAGGCCGGAGAUGUGGUGCUGAGAGUGAGGAGUAGGGGCGAGAAGGGCGGGUGGAGGAGGAAGGAGAGUAGUCUGUAUUGGAAGGAGACGAUUGGUGUGGACGAGGCGUUACUUGGGUUUGAAAGGAAUUUGACCCAUCUGGAUGGGCAUGUCGUGACUCUUCAUAGAGAGGGCGUGACACAACCAGGCUACGUGCAAACGAUCAAAGGCCAGGGCAUGCCUCAUUUCCAGUCUUCGUCGUACGGCGACUUGUUUGUGGAAUACAACGUCGUUUUACCGAUAGAACUCUCCUCCGAUACCCGACGUCAUCUAGCGGAAGCGUUCUAUGGCAAGGAUGGCAGUAGAGAACGGGAUGAGCUAUAGAUUAUUCGGCGAUGUGUAUUUCUGGGCAUAAUCUUAUUUUAUUGGCCUCGCCUUAAUAUUC